GCAAGCCCAGAACGAGAGGACGCCUGGGCCGUGGAGUCUCUGAGUGCACUCAAGAUGAAGCUGAAGAAACAGAGGGUGUCAUCUGUGUUGCCUGAACACCAUGAAGUCUUCAAUAGGCUGCUUGAGGAUCCUGUCGUUAAAAAAUUCUUGGACUGGGACAAAGCCCUGAAAGUCUCUGACAAGUACCUCCUCAGCAUGGCCAUCGCGUACUUUAGUCGGGCUGGCCUCUUCUCCUGGCAGUACCGGAGGAUCCAUUUCUUCCUAGCUCUCUACCUGGCCAACGACAUGGAGGAGGACAACCAGGCCCCUAAACAAGACAUGUUUUACUUCUUGUACGGGAAGAGCUAUGCCCAGCGCCCACAGUUCCACAAGCUAAGACUGCAGAUGGUCCGGUCCAUGGGCUGGAACACAAGGGUGACCCGGGAAGAAUGUGAAGAGAUCCAGGCUUAUGAACCUGAGCACUGGGCAUGGAAGCGAGACCGUACCCUCAUCCCCCCAGAGCACCAGCAGACCUCAGAGGCUUGA